CAACUCAAGUCGGCAUUUGCAUAUUAGAACCAACGGAACCAACCACCUACCUAACCCCUGGGGGCAAAAAAAGAGACAAACUUGAAGCUAGCGGGCCGACUAAUCAGUGCGAAGGGGGACUGUGUUUUAAAGCUUCAUCCGAUAACUAGGCGUCUCAUUCCGUCAGCAGCGUCACCCGCCCACGGAACUCUGUUUCAACCCCGACGACAUCUCUACUUCCCCCGUCCGGCCGUUGGACAUCAUCCCUAAAAAACUAGAGGUCCGAGCAUCACCAACUCAACCCCUUCUACCUAGCGUCCCGACUUCACACACACACUUGACAAUUUCCGAACGACGUACCUUUCACCUCAUUGCCACUACCGCGAAGCUUCUCUUUCUCUCCCUCCCAUCUUCCCCACUCGUCAUUCAUCUCACCCCAACAACCUCCACUUCAUCUCACUUCACCCCGUAGCCAUCCUUCCCUCUCAUCCCGAAUCUUGACGGACGCCGUAAGACUGAAGGGCAGCUGCUUGAUUCAGGUCCAUCAUUGAGACGAGAGUCGGGUGGCCUUGGGGGGCCCCGUCAAGGACACAAACACACACACGAUGACCAUCCUCUCAUCCUCCGGACAGUCAGACUCAGCGGACGCCGCCGCAGGAAGCUCAACAAAUCACAUCGAGGAUAAACCGUACCACUCAAAACGGCCUCACAAGAAGUCACGGACAGGAUGUAAGAACUGCAAAACACGCAAGGUGAAGUGCGAUGAGGCUCGUCCAACAUGUCGCAACUGCGUGCUCCGCAAGGCCAAUUGCAACUACCCCGGACCGUCCCACUCCCACUCCGACCACCGCCCACCGGGAUCGCCAUCAGGCUCCUCCGCCGGACCCUUCUCCCCGGCCCGCUCGCGGUCUCACACGCCGCCGCAGCACCGCCGCAACAGCCACCACGCGGCCGCCGGCGGCGGCGACGACGACGACGGCGCCAACGCCCUCGUCAUCAAAGAACCGCUCUACAUCCCCGCCGGCGACAGGGACGCCAUCGACAUGAAGCUCCUCUGGUUCUACACCACAAACACCUUCACCUCCUUCGCCACGCAGGCCGGCAGGGUGAAGCGCAUCGACGACAUCCUCAAGGUCAAGAUCCCAAGCCACGCCUUCCAGAGCCCCUUCCUCAUGGACUGCCUCCUCGGCACCUCCGCCCUCCAGCUCCAGCACCUCAAGCAAGACAUCGCACCCUCCCGCGCUCUCCGCUAUCGCGCCCGCGCCUUCGAGGGCUACCGCAAGGCCAUCGAGGAAGGCAAACCGGAGACCUUCCCCGCCCUCAUCGCGACUUCCCUGCUGCUCACCGCCUUAUCGUCGCAAAUGUUCCGCGAAGAGGGGACGAAGGACCUCUACAUCAUCGACUGGAUGGUCGUUUGGCGCGGCAUCGGCCUCAUGAUCGACAUGGCUACGCCGCAGACCCUCUGGGAUUCCGGGCUCGCGGAGCUCUUCAUGCGUCCGCCUAUUAACCUCGACGAGGCCGCCAAGCAUAUCCCCAAUAACCUGCUCUUCAUGGUCUCCUCCAUCCAACCCGGCGACCCGGACUACGAAGACAUCUCGACGUACUACGAUACGCUGAAGUACCUCGGUUCCCUCUACGCCGAGCUCGUUAACGGGUUUGGACCCAUCAUGACCCUCCGCGUCGUGACGUGGUUUACGUUCAUCCCUAAGGGCUUCGUCGAGCUCGGACGGGAAAAGAGGCCUCGCGCGCUUAUUAUCUUGGCCCACUACCUCAUGUUCAUGAAGGCGACGCAGAACUUGUGGUGGAUCGAGGGCAUCGGCGACCGUGAGAUUGCGGGGAUUGUGAACUAUCUGGGUGAAGGAUGGUACGAGCAGCUCGCUACGCCGCGUCUGGCUCUGCUGCUGGACGACCGUACUGAUAUUGCGCGGUUGAUCCUGGGUGAUCCGGACUGGGAGUCGCCGAUUGACUUUUACAAUGCUCCGACGCGGGAUCCACGGACGGAGUUGCUCACUUGGGUCGAUGAUCACGGCAAGCGGUAUAAGGGUAUGCCGCAGCGUGUUGGGGAUUUGCACCCCGCGGAUCCGGCGCCGAGGACGUUACCGUGGGAGAGGGACGGUUUUCAUCAUGAUCCGAUGAUGCUCAGCCCCGCAGGGCGGCGGUAUGCUGAGAGGGUGCUAGAGGCGAUUGACUCUGGAGUGCAGGAUAUGGAUGUAUCCUAGGGACUGUGUUCAUCGAUGGAGAGACACGGCGAGAAUUUCCACCAAUGUCCGAUUACAAUACCCAGCUGGCGUACUUGGUUCAUAGGAUACAGGGAAUGGCAUUAUUGUCUGAAUCUUAUCAGCUUGAGAACACGUGGUAGGCGCA